UUGACAGAUCGUAAUCAACAAAAAAGCUUUCAUCGCGGAGACGUCGUCGCCCUUUGUUUUUUUUCUGCUGGUGUUAUCUCUCCUUGUGGCAGUCAUUAAAUUAAUAUUUCGCGCAAAGAAUGUUCGCAAUUUAUAAUUGCCUAGUAGUGUUAUCGACCUAACGAGUGGCCGCUAAGAGAAUUUGUUUGGACCGCAAGCAAAAGUGCGCUCCCCCAAGAUGGAGUGUGAUGACGCUGCCGUCGAGAGGCAGAAACUCGUUUCGAACGACGAGGAAGACGACCAAGCAACAAUCACCAAUUUGUCCUCCAGCGGCCAGGCAAAAUCCAUUCAAACGCCAAUCUCGCCCGUGCUUAGUAAUAAGAUAUUCUCCAGCGGCGAAACAACUCGCAGUCACAAUUCCACUAGCUAUCCGGCCAGCCUCGGAAAGACGGAGAAGAGCGAUGCCGCUCCCGCGGCCAGGCUCAAUUACGUCAACGAGCGGAAGAGCCAGGAAGCCAAGGCCAAACAAAAGAAGGUUCAAAGAGAGCUGACCCCAAGCAGUGUGGCUACGGUUAGCUCAGGUAGCAGUAGUAAUCUCCCGCUCAGUUCGCGGAUUAAUCUCCGCCAGAUGGCUUCUGACCACUCGCAGGCCAGUAGCAGCCGGCAACACUCGAAUGCUGCCACAGCCAAUAGUAGCUCGAUUAGUUUGAACAAAAGCUAUAGUUUUACCUCCCGCCCACUAAAACAUCACUCUUUCAUAUCAGAAGUGCCGGACGUGCGACACAUGGAACGGGCCCUGCUCGGGCUGCUCGAGGACUUCCACUCGGGCAAACUGAAAGCGUUUGGGUCGGGCUGCACGAUGGAACAGAUGACGAGCAUUCGGGAACAGCAGGAAAGCCUGGCGAAGCUGCACUUCGAUUUGGGCAAUGAGGCGUCCCUCAGUGCCAACGCCGGCAACAACGAAGCUCAAUCGCAAAAUGGCAUGCGAAAACUGGUGGCCAAGCUGGAGCAGCUCUCAUUCUCGAUCGAGAAACUCCACUCGAGCAAAGUGGAGCAGUGACUCAUUUAGGCGGUAGUUUGGAAUGCUUUAAGCGGUAGGUAUGCAUCAAUGAGUAGAUGUAGGAACCUUUCUAGGAGUCAUGACAUUCGUGUUUUUCCAAUUUGUUCGAAUAAUUUAAUUUAUGUACCUUCCUAUGUUGAUAAAUGUGAUUUGGUAAUAAAACAUCAUUUGAUUUAAAUAUUUAUUUCGCAACAAA